AUGGGCGUGGAGGAGGAGGAGGAGGUGAGGGUGGUGGAGUCCAGCCUAGUUGCGGCGAGCGACGAGACACCGCCGAAAAGCCUCUGGCUCUCCCAGCUCGACCUCAAGGCCACUAGACGCCACACGCCACUCCUCUGGUUCUACCGCUCCGGUGAUGGCGUCCAAGCCACCGACGGCUUCUUCAACGUUACCAGGCUAAAGGCCGCUCUGGCCAAGGCCUUGGUGACCUUCUACCCGUUGGCCGGCCGCAUCGGCGAUGACGGUGAUGGCCGGGCGGAGGUCAACUGCGGCAAUCAAGGUGUGCUCUUUGUUGUUGCUCGAUCGGAGGACCUCACCGUUGCUGACUUUCACGGCCGACCAUCGUCCAAGCUAAGGAGGCUCUUUGUUCCCCGCAUGGAGCCGCCAAGCAUCGUCUGCGGCGUCCAACUCACCUUCUUCAAGUGUGGCGGAGUGGCCAUCGGACUGGCGGUGCAUCACUUCGUCGUCGAUGGAAGCAGCACGUCCCACUUCACCCGGACGUGGGCUGCCAUUUCCAGGACCGGUGACAUGUCCGCCGUGGAGGCGGAGCCCCCUUGCCACCAUCGCUUCCUCCUCCGCCCCCGCUCCCCGCCGGCAGUCCACCCCGAUGCUCUCUCUGUGUUCUGCCCAAUGGUGAACCUGUGCGAGCCGUCGGGGGUUCCUCUCAGGUCCGAGGCCUUCGUCGUCUCCAAGGACCAGCUCGAGGCUCUUAAGCAGGCAUGCGGUGGCAGAGCCGUCAGCACCUUCUGUGCCUUGACCGCCCAUAUCUGGAAAUGCGUGUCCGCCACUCGGCCCAUGCCGCCGGACGCCACCACACGCCUCACCUGCCCGGUCAGCAUCCGUCGCAAACUGGCGCCGCCGCUCCCGAGCGGCUACUUCGGCAAUGCCGUCAUACGCGUGGGAGUCACCAGCGAGGUGCGUGGCAUCGUCUCGGAGGAGCUGAGCUCCGUGGCCAGACGAAUCAAGGGAACCAUCGGGCGGGUCGACGACGAGCUGGUCCGGUCGGCAAUCGACUAUUUCGAGCUAGCAGAGAGGGACAGCCGGCCGGCGCAAGGCAGCUUGCCGACGACUGAGCUGAGGGUGGUCAGCUGGCUUGGCAUGCCGAUCUACGACACGGACUUUGGAUGGGGGAAGCCGGUGAUGAUGAUGCGUGCCGAGUCUGAGGGCAGCGGCCGUGUCUAUAUGAUGGACGGUGACGGAGACGGCGACGGCGACGGCGGCAGCGUGCGCAUCAUCGUGUGUCUCGAGGCAACAAUUAUCAAGGAAUUCCACGACAUGCUAUAUGCCAAGUUUAGUGACCUAAUCCGGUCAUCACUGUGA